CACUUUCGUACUGUUUUUUGACACGCCUUUCCGAUAAUCGUUUAAUUUUUUAUUAAAUUGUGUGUGAUUUUGUGUGUUAUUCAUCAUUAUUUGACACCAUGACGGACACCUACGGAACCCUGCCUACCGGGGGCAUAACCCUCAAAUGGGACCCCAAGAACCUGGAGAUCCGGACCACGUCGGUGGAGCGGACCCUGGAGCCCCUCGUGCUCCAGGUCACGACCCUAGUGAACAGCAAGGACAAGCAGGCCAAGAAGAAGAGACCGGGCAAGUCCAAGCGCGCGAGCGCCCUAGUCGCCACCGUGGAGCGAGCCACCGAGAUCUUCAUCGAACGGGGGCAGACCAUCGCCUACGAGAACCCGGAGAUCACCAGGGAGAUGCUGGCUGCGGUGGAAGAAGUCAGAAAGGCUGGUGCGGCCAUGAGUCUCGCAGCGCGCGAGUUCUCUGAGGAGCCCUGCGCUUCAGCAGUCCGCUCCUCCAUGGUCCGAGCCGCCCGCAACCUGCUCUCAGCUGUUACUCGUCUCCUGAUCCUGGCCGACUGCGUGGACGUCCAUCAGCUGCUGUCCCGCCACCGAGCCGUGGAGACCGACCUGGACAAGCUGAAGUCGGCCUCCUCGCAGUCGGAGCUGGUGGAGUGCUCGCGGCAGCUGGGGCGCUCCGCCGCCGAGCUGGCCGCGGCGGCCGCGCGGCGCCAGCGGGAGCUCAAGGAGCCGCGCAUGAAGGACGAGCUGGCUGCGGCCCGCGCUGUGCUCAAGAAACACUCCACCAUGCUGCUCACGGCCUCCAAGGUGUACGUCCGCCACCCCGAACUGGCGGCCGCCAAGGCAAAUCGCGACUACGUGUUGCGCGCCGUGUGCUCCGCUGUCGACACCAUCGCCUGCGUCGCCCAAGGCAGAGCCCUACCCAGCGCCACCCCUGCCGGAGGUAACGCUCGCCCACCAGUCGAAGGCCCCGGGGAGCUCGCGCAAGCCCUGGACGACUUCGACGAGCGCAUGGUCAUGGAGCCCCUCGCCUACUCCGAGCUGCGGACCAGACCCUCGCUGGAGGAGCGGCUCGAGUCCAUCAUCUCCGGAGCGGCCCUCAUGGCGGACAGCUCCUGCACCAGGGACGAGCGCCGCGAGCGCAUCGUGGCCGAGUGCAACGCGGUGCGCCAGGCGCUGCAGGACUUGCUGCACGAAUACAUGACCAACGUAUGUUUAUUAUUAUUAUUAUAG